AUGUCCUCCUCGCGUCAGGACGAUCCCCUAGGGAACACCGUCCUGAUUGGUGCCAGCACCGAGGAAGGACGCAAGUUCGACAAGUCCACCGCAGAUGAAAACCUCGAAGGGCUGGGAUAUGUGCCCGAACUGUCGCGCAACCGGUCCACCUGGCAUGUGGUGUUUAUGUGCUUUAUCCUGUCCUCCGUGCCCUACGGUCUCUCCACCACCCUAACGUAUCCCCUGGCCGGGGGCGGUCCCGUCGACAUCAUUUGGGGCUGGGUCGCCGUCUCCCUGAUCAUCCUAUGCGUCGCCGUCUCCCUUGCAGAAAUCACCUCGGUCUAUCCCACCGCCGGGGGUGUGUACUAUCAGACGUUCGUGCUGUCUCCCGUCUGGUGCCGUCGCAUUACCUCGUGGAUCUGCGGCUGGGCCUAUGUGGCGGGCAAUGUCAUGAUCACCCUGGCCGUCAACUUCGGCACUACCUUGUUCUUCGUGGCUAGCUUGAACGUCUUUGAAAAGUCCCCCGGCGUGGGUAUCACCGACGACUUCGAGGCCUGGCACACCUACCUCAUCUUCCUGGCCAUCACCCUACUCUGCCACGCGAUCCCGGCUUUUGGAAAUAGAUGGCUUCCCUUGUUAGAGCAAUUUGCCAUUUUCUGGACCUUGGCCGGUUUGAUCGUCAUCGUCGUGUGCAUCUUGGUCCUGGCCCGCGAAGGCCGUCGUUCGGCCAACUGGGUCUUUACUCACUUUGAACCGCAAGCUGGGUGGCCUGCAGGAUGGUCGUUCUGCAUCGGUCUGUUGCAUGCUGCGUACGCCACCUCGGCCACCGGCAUGAUCAUCUCGAUGUGUGAGGAGGUUCGCGAACCCGCGAUCCAAGUCCCCAAAGCCAUGGUAGGAACCAUCGUCAUCAACCUCUUCGCCGGCCUCGUGCUCCUGAUCCCGCUCUGCUUCGUGCUCCCGGACCUCACCUACCUGGCGAACCUGGCCUCGGGCCAACCCGUGCCUCCGACCCUCAAGGCCGCGACGGGCAGCUCCGUCGGCGCAUUCUGUCUGCUGAUCCCGCUGCUCGUGCUGGGCAUCAUCUGCGGUGUGGGCUGCGUGACGGCCACGUCGCGUUGCACGUGGGCGUUCUCGCGCGACGGCGCCAUCCCCGGCUCAAAGUGGUGGAAGACGGUCAACCAGCGUCUGGAUAUCCCGUUGAACGCGAUGAUGCUGGGCAUGGUGGUUGAGAUCCUCCUGGGUUUGAUCUACUUCGGAUCUAGUGCUGCGUUUAGCGCGUUCUCGGGUGUCGGUGUCAUCCUGCUUACGUUGAGCUAUGCGUGUCCGGUCGCUGUGUCGUUGAUUCUUCGACGGAGAGCUGAUAUUCAACAUGGGAGCUUCAAUAUGGGUAUUCUCGGCACGUUUUGUAACGUCGUUGCUAUCUCGUGGACCCUCCUGGCCAUUCCCCUCUUCUCCAUGCCCACGUUCAAAGACGUCACCGUUGACACGAUGAACUACGCGUCUGUCGUAUUUGUGGGCUACGUGGCUAUCGCGGCCGUGUGGUACUGGGUCUGGGGCCACAAGAACUACGUCGGGCCGCCGACGGAAGGCGUGGAGCCGGAAGCUGUCCGGGCCCCGUCGGUGCAGACCCACAAUGUUGCGAAGAUGAAAUAG